AUGUCACCGUGGAGCGGUUGGUUGGUCUUGGGGCUGUUUCUGCAAGAUUGGGGUAAGUGGGUUUUCAGACAUAUAUAUAUCUUCCUUAAUUCACUUUGAAUUCACCUGCCUACGUAGCUCUGUAUAUGUAUGGAUAACAAUAUCUUAGUUGGACUUCUUCUGUUUCUCCUCCGUGGUGUGAAAUCGAACCAUUCUGGGGCGGGUGCAGUGACUCUGGAUUUGGGAGAAAUCAGUGAGGAUGGGGUAUGUGUUAGAGAUUCUGUUGUAUGUCCCCCCCCCUCCAGUCCCCACAUUCAUUGCAAAACUUCAGCAAAUUAUUCCCCUGCCUGCCCAAAUAGCAGUGCAAUCUCAAGUCGCUUUGGGUCUAAAUUUGGGUCUAAAUUUAAUUUGCGUUUGGCAUAUUGUCAAAUCUUGGAUACUUAGGUCUGGGUGAAAUCUCAAAGUCCAUAGGUUUCCCCCUGGUUAUAAUACCACUCUAGUGAGUUGGGAGAGCUCUAUUCAUUUGCAAACUGGGGAGAGGGAGACUGGGAGAUUGUGGAAACCAAGUCUACUACGGCUGAGUUCACAGAUCGGUUUGCCAAACCAAGAGUUGAUGGACUGACAGUUGUGUGCAUGGAGAGAUGAGAGGAGAAUAGAUGAUUUUGUGUUUUUCUGUUUUGAUAUUUCUUCUCUGACGGGACAACUUUCUCAGAUUCUGAACGUUCAAAUGGGGGGGGGGGGAGACAGAGGUUUAUAAGCAUCAAUAGAGUGGCAGCCCCAGUGCAGGAAACAGUUCAUUUAUCCCCCGCUACGUAAAUCAAGCUAUGGAUGGACCAGAAAUUUGGAAGGAGGGUCUAUGGAUGGGACAAUGUUAUGCCAAUUGCAAAAGUUUCUUUCUUUUCAAGUCCUAGACAGGGUUGUUUUGCUGUCUCCCAGAUGUCCGCUCAAGACAGGACAAUUAGAGCUUGAAGCUGUUGGGUUUUUGAAGGGGGCAAUAAAGCCGAUUGGAUUGUUUGGGGGUUGAACAAGGAUUCUCUCCCGAAAGCUAGGUCUCAGGGUUUUGUUUUGGUUGUGUAGCCCAUUCACAAAUUUGUUUCUGUGCUUUGGAAACUGGGAUAGGGUUGAUCUGAGCGUUCUCAUCUUGCUUUCAUGGUUCAAAGUCUGGUUGUGUCUCAACUCAAUCCCGGGCACACAGGAACCUCAGCCUGUAUGAAAUUUGUGACCCUACAGUGGAUCGUCUCUGGGUACAGGAAGGAGAAGGGUGUUUAACGCAGGUUAAUAGAGCUGGCUGGGGAAACAGAGGUCUUCUGGGUUUAUUUCUCUGCCUGAGCAGGACUUGGGAGCUCCUACACAGAGAUGUUUGUUGGAGGCACAUUUUAUAGGGCUAUCGGUGCAGGCUGUAACUCACGAGAGUUAAUGGAUCCUAACUCUCUAGUGUGUUUUAUUGGGGCAUGCUAUGGUGCUAUUGUGUUUUUUUCUUCUUCUUCACAGAAACACUGGAGAAAACGGAAACAUCCAUUCAUAUUUUGACCCCCUGUUUCACCCUAAAUACACAUUUGCUUGUUUGUUUAACCACCACCGCUCUUUUCUUAAAAAAAGUUGAAGCAGAUUUCAAGAGGCAAGGGGAAAUUUGCCACAGCUAUGGCUGAAAUCUCAUGUGCACUUUCUUAAGAUCAAGCCCCGCAGAGCACAGUGGGACUUAUAUCUGAGCAAGCACCCAUAUCAUUGCGCUAUAAAGCUACCGUCCUGCAAACCCUUAUCAUUUGCCUCCCACCAAUUUGGAAAAAUGCUCUGUGUCUAGAAAAGGAGUUUCCAGACUGAGGUCUGUAGACCAUCAACAGCCCACAAAUUUCAUUUGAAUGGUCCAUGGCAUGUCUGUAAAAAAAUACAAUUCAAAAUCAUCGAGCACCACGUUGCAAUUGCUGCAACAAUCGUUAGGUUUAUCUGCCAGGCCACUCAACCAAUUUUAAGUGGUCCGUGGAGGGGGUGGAAGUUUGGGAACUGUUAGCCUAGGACAUGAAGAAGAAAAUAAUAUUUCUGGUCAGAUGUGGGUGUAGUUUUGUUUUGUUUUUAAGUACUUUCAAAGGCCUUAAAAAUAGAUGUCAGUUUGGGGAUUUUGAAAUGCAAAUAAGUUAAUUGCAAAUUCAAAUGUAUCCCUAUCGUGUUUUUAUGACUUCCUUGAUAUUGUAUGUGGGCUGGAACUGGUCUGUGACUGAAAUAAUAAAAUUCAUAAGUUAAUGCAGUUCGUUACUGGUCCUUAAAAAGAUAUUAAUGAAGAUUUGUUACCAACCCAUCUUGUCUCAUGUGCCAAAACCUGCUCCCUUUUUCCUUCUUUUAUCCAAAGUUCCUUAGUGCCCAACAACCCCCCAAACUGAGCUAUAUUUGCAGCUGAAAUAAUAAGGCACUUAUCUGAAAUGCUGCACAGCUAAACUUUUAAGUUGACACAUAUAUCUGGAGUCAGCUACUUCCACCACCCACCUAACUCUUAAAACUAACCCACUUUACGCAAGUGAUCUGUUUGGCUGGGCAGCAUGAUGCUUGAAAGAGGCCAUCGGUGGAAGUUUGCAAAUUCCAAAAGGGUUGCCCCUUGCGAGCCCAACAGGGGGAAAACAAGCAGACAAAACAGCCUUGCAGAAUCUACAAAACAGAUUUCUCCCGUUAGAAGUUUCUGCACACCAUUUGGGAAGGUUGUAGUCUUGUGAGAGAGCAUCUGCGUUGCAUGCAGAAGGUCUCAAUUUCAAUCACUGAGCAUCUCCUGGUAGCGUCAGGAGAGAGCUGCUGCUAUGCAAUGUGGAUAACUACUGAGCUAGCUGGACCAGCGAUGUAACUCAAUAUAUAAGGCAUUCGCUCUUAGGGCAAAGUUUUUCCAAAGUCAUUGUAGCUUGGAUAUGAUCUCAAUAAAACUAGAGUUCAGUGAUCUUACACAUGAUGUGUUUUAUUAGCUGAUAAUAAUAAUAAUAAUAGUAAUAAUAAUAAUAAUCUGCAAUGGUUUAUAGCUAAGACAGAUGAUGGAAGAGGCAACAUUUGGGACUGGUGCAUUUUCAUGGCAUCAGUUUUGGUGGAAGCGGGGAAUGCCCUAUCACUAAAUCAGUGACGUGGGUGCCGAGUUGAUUUCAGGAUCCUGACAUGCUCUAUCAGAGACAACCAAACUCAAAUGUGAGCAGGGAGUGGGGAGCAAAUUCCUACUCCCCCAGAGGGUGUUACCCAAUAUAUAAUUAUUAUUAUUAAUGUUGAUUGCACCAGAAUUAGACACACACAAAAGUAUUGCUUCCGCUUCAGGUUGCACCCUUAAAAAACCACAACACAUAAACAGGGAUGGGUUGGCUUUUGAAACAGCCCCUUGUAUUUUGGCAGAUGAAGUUAAAGCAUGAUUUAGAAUGAAGAUGAUAGUGGAGAGAUCAUCAUGUAUAGCAUGGUAGUGUAGUGGUGGUGAGAAAUUCAACGAUGGUUCAAGCCACAUUUUCCAACCCCUGUUUGUUGUGGAAUGUGUGGGGCCCUCACAGGAUAGAUAGGGGCCCCUAAGGGACAUGGCAAAUUGCUCCCCAUCACCCCAUCCCACAAUUGCCAAUAUCUUAUGGCAGAUGCCUCUGGGAGAGAGAGAGAGAACAAGGCAAACUCUUAUUUAAGUUGCCAAACUUCCCUGGAAAGAGAGAGACACAGAGAGAGAGAAUUUCCUCAGCUGUUUGGAUAUAUGGUAUUAUGGGGAAUUAGAAGCAGAGACAAAAGAACAUUGACUCUUGGGCUCUUCUUUCAUGAGCUCCUAGUACGAAACUGUGUUUCCCAGCCUGACCCUUAUUCUAAGGGAACCCCCUUUCUUCCAAGCAGAACUGGGGAAUCCCGCAAACUCUAGUUUGCUGAGGGUGCUGGGAACUGUAGCUCUUUGAGGGGCAAGCUACAGUUCCCAGGAUUCUUUAGGGUAAGCCUUGUGCUUGAAAUAAACAGUGUGUAGGCUGCCCAAGGAGACCUUAGGCUUCCCAGGGUCAUGCAGAAUUGAGUGCAACGGCCUACCAUGUUUAGUUUGGUCAGGGGGCUGCGAACUGGGCACGCUACAGUUCCCAGGAUCCUUAGGGCAUCUGCCUGCACUUCAAGUGUGCUUUAAACGCGGGGGGUGUACGCAGCCCCCCCAACUCUGGCCAGCUCAUGCCAAGCCUCGCACCCUCUCCUCGUCACAGGCCCGUCGACUCCAUUUCACGAAUGGUUGCGCCCCGACGUCAAGUCCAAAGGCAAUUUGCCUGUGGGGACUUAGAAAGGAGGCGAAACCUGGGGGUCGUAACCCCCUUCUUUGGCCCAGCCUGAGGGACAGUGGGUGUGUGACCGGGUGGGGGGUGGCCAGCCCUAGGCCCGUGACCGAUGGCGGGGCGGAGGCGAGGGUCCGACAUGGAGACCCAUGUGCAUGAGUGAUGGGGCAAGUCAUGGGAACCUCACCCCGAGCCCGUCACGUGGGCCGGCAGAUGGGGCGCGAGGAAGGCGGGGGGCUGCUGAGCAGGGGACGGGACAAUAGGGCCUGCCUCGGCCCCUUCUGACCCAGCCCAUUGUCCGCCAUGCCGGGCCCCCCGCAAAGCCUCUCUCAACAGCCGGGCUAUGGGGCCUCCCUGGCCAGCCAUGCAGUUGCUAAGGCGGCCUUGAAUGGUGGCAUCCAUCAAGAUGUCAAGGGGGGGACACAAUCCCGUCUCCCCACCUCCCUCGCCCCCCUUUUCUCCACAGAGCCCAUUGUCAUCACCCGGAGUUUAACUUUGUGCCGGCCGGCCGGCUGAGCAAGCGGCCCUCCCUCUGAGGGGAUUAAAGUCUCUUUAUUUAUUUCCCCCACUUCGCACAGCAGUUUCCAUCUGUUUGGUUUGGGAGCUUAUGGGGUUGGGGGAAAAAGAGAGGGAGGUUGUCUGGGGCGGCCACGUGGGCAGCGCCCGUGUGUGAACACCCCAGGGAUCCUGCGGAGAAGAAGGCCCUCUCCCCUGGGCUGAGCCUGAGGAGGGAACCUGAGGAGAAAGUCCAGCGACUUGACUUUGCUUUUCAGGAAUUUUAGGCGCCACUGCUGAGCUCAGGCCCCAGAAGUGAAGUGAGCUGCUAUGAGCGCCCCUGAGAUCUUAUGAUGAGGAAGGGUGGCACAGAAAUAAAAUAAAAUAAAAUAAAAUAAAAUUCUGGUCCUCAUGGUGCUGGAUAAACGGCUGGCUUAACUUGGAAGCUGACUUAUUCUGAGUCAAAGCUUUAGCCCAUCUCGCUCAACAUUGUCUACACUAUCAGUCUACAGUCAGUCUACACUGACUGGCAGCAGCUGUCCUGGGUUUCAGGCAGGGGAAACUUCCAGCCUUAACAGGAGAGGCCAAGGAGUGAACCAGGGAUUCGUCUCAGAAGUAGAAUCUGACUUUAUUUAUUUUGUCAUGGGUAGACUGUAGUUCAGUGGCAGAGCACGCAGAAGGUUCUGGGUUCAAAUCCUGACAUCUCCAGGUAGCAACCCAGCUUGAAAAGCUGGAGAGCAGCUGCCAGUCAGUGCACUGAGCUGGCUGGGCCAAUGGGCUAACUUUGUGAUGAAGUAGCUUCCUUUUGUUCUGGUCAAACCAUCCCUUUCUUUACAAACGUGAGGACCGUGAUCUGAAUGUAUUUUAUAGAAUCAUGGAAUCGUAGAGUUGGAAGGCACCACCGCGAUCAUCUAGUCCAACCCCCCACAAUGCAGGAACCCCUUGCCCAACAUGGGGCUUGAACCCACAACCCUGUGAUUAAGAGUCUCACGCUCUACCUACUGAGGGAAAGGAUCAUAGCUCAGGGCUAACCCACACGCUUUCCUUGUAGAAAAUCCCAGGCAUCUCCAGCUAGGGCUGGAGAAAGACUGGAAAGCCUCUGCCAGUCCGUGUAGGCAACACUGGGCUCAGUAGGCCGAUGGUAGAAAACUAAUACCAGGGUUCCUUAGUGGUAAAGCACAAGAUUUGAAGCUCCUGGGUUCAAUCCUGGGCCUCUCUAGUUAGAAAAGGAUUUAGAGCUGGGGAUUUUGGAACGAUCUUUCCGGGCCUGGGACCCUGGGAGAGUCAUGGCUAGGCAGGGGAGUUAGAACGGGCCUAGGCAGACCCGAUGUGUGUGUGUGUGACACCUAUAAGUCAGCUUUGUUACGCUCCAGGUGUGCUGGAGCCCCCAUCGCCAACUCACACAUGUUUAGAGGACACAACGCCUGCUGCCAACCUGUCCCACUGUGUCUGAGGACCCUCCUGCUCAUUCGGCUGAGUGGGGCCCCCAAAACUCUGCCUUAAAAUCCAUUGCGUCACCACCUUCGUUCUGCCCGGACACUGAGGUCCAGCGCCAAGGGCCUUCUGGCGGUUCCCUCAUUGCGAGAAGUUAGGUUACAGGGAACCAGACAGAGGGCCUUCUCGGUAGUGGCCCUCCCUUCAGAUGUGAAGGAAAUAAGCAGCUACCCUCUCUUUAAAAGACAUCUGAAGGCAGCCCAGUUUAGGGAAGUUUUUAAUAUUUAAUGCUGUAUUGUUUUUAACACUUGAUUGGAAGCCGCCCAGAGUGGCUGGGGAAGCUCAGCCAGAUGGGUAGGGUAUAAAAAAUAAAUUAUUAUUAUUAUUAUUAUUGCCUUACAAGCACCACACCUGCCCCAGCUGUGUAUGACUUGGAGCCCUUGCCCACACGCCCUCAACCCCUCCAAGUCUGGGACGCAAGCCGACGUGUGGCAGAGCGUGCUGGGAGCGCAUCAUUUCGGCGUGGUGCCAACCCACCCCUCACCCCAAAUCCAACUUCCUUCUUUUUUGUCCCUUUUUUUGGCAGACACCCCGACUGUCGGAAGGUGUGGCCAGAGACAGAGCUGGCCCUCUUUGGUCUGCGGCCAAAAAACACGGCUUGUGAAUGAAAUGCCUCUUGGAUGUGUUGUGUGGGUGGGCAAGGGGGGGGGGAGAGAAGAGGGGGCAACGACCCCCAAUGGGGUGUGGUAUGGGCCAGGAAGUGAGGGUGAAAGGAAGCGAGAUUAGCCCCUUUGAAGCUAUAGAAAUCGCCCCACUCGGAAGCCAAGAGGCUCUUAAUUGCCCUUGUUCUUCCCCAAGUCCCCAGAGCUAAUUUUAGACUCCCGUUCAAGGCUCUUUGGCAGUCAGAGGCAAUUUGGGGACAUAAGGGGAGGGGGAUGAGGGGGUUUUUUGUGGGGGGAGGGAGAGCAGUGAAGACGGGGUCUUGGCACGAGAAUUGCAGGAUGAGAAGGAGCAAUGUCACCUCUUUGCUUGUUGUUGUUGCAAACAAUGAUUUAAUAAUAAUCAUUGUUGGUUAUUAAUAAUCAUUGUUGCUAGUUAGUUUACUACAUUUAUAUCUCACUUUUUCCUCCCUCCAGCUUCCUCUGCUCUUUUUAAAAAUCAUCUCUUAGUUCAGAACAAUGAGGACUGGAAUCUUACUAUUGUAUUUAAGGGAAGAGGUAGAUCAUCUGCUUUGCGUGCAAAAGGUCCAAGGUUCUGUCCCUUCCAUCUCUAAGUAGAGCUGGGAAUUGUCCCCUCUCCUGAAAACAUGGAGAGCUGCUGUCAGUCAGUGUAAACAAUAUUGAGCUAGAUAGACCCAAGAGUCUGAAAGUAAGAGAUGUUUUUUUUGUUGAUUGAGUACAGAGAAGUUCUGUUUUUCUCUCAAGGGCAAGAGCUAUAACUCAGUGGCAGAGUGCCUUUUUAAAAAAAAAAACUUAUUGUUGAUUUUAAUUAUUUUUCAAAAUGUUUCAAAUAGCUGUUUUUACAGAUAAUUUUAUUCUUCAUUUUGCAAAGCACUUUGAGGUUUCUUUGGGUUGUUGUUUUUAUACAAUCAAGUAGUAUAUAAAUUUUGUGGAGACGACCAGUUAAAUUCUUCUGGGGAGCAAACUCUUUUCUGUCAGAAUGCCUGGUUUUAACAACUGUCUUAUCCGUGCAAAGUAUUUUGUUUUUGGCAAUGGCUUUGGCAAACGAAUAAAUAAUACUUGUAUUCGUUUUCUUCUCUUCUUUUGUAAAUUUCAUUCAGGUUUUGCUUAGGGUUUUCUGUUUUCCGAUCAAGCGGUAUACAAGUUUUAUUUAUUUCAUAAAACGUGUACGCCGCUUGGUCGUAAACAAAGCAAAACGAAACCCAACAACCCUCAAAGCAAAUUUUAUGAAAUAAAUAAAUACAUAUCCUGUUGCUUUUAAAACAAACAAACAAACAAACAACCACCCACCAUGGAUGGUGGAGUCUGGCUUGCCAGGCCUGUAAAUCUUAUUCUUUCUCACAGGCCUGGCCUACCCUUCAGAGCUGGCGUUCCUCUUGGAGCCCAGCGACGUGAUCGCCAUCCGAGAUCGCCCGCUCCUCUUGCACUGCCAAGUGGAAGGUGAGGCGCCCAUCGCCAUCACCUGGUACCGGAACGGGGCAGCCCUCUCCAACGACAGCCAUGCCACCAUCUUGUCCAACGGCUCCCUGCGGCUGGAAAGCGUGCACCGGCGGCCCCGGGGAGGCGGAGCGGCGGACGCCAAUGCCACGAGCGACUCCAGCGCCGGAGAGUACAGCUGCACUGCCCAGAACCGCUACGGCCUGCUGGUCAGCCGCAAGGCCCGAGUGCAAAUUGCGAGUGAGUUUGGGCCGGCCAAGAUGGCCGCCAUUUGGCGCUAUCUUCUGUGGGUUCAAAAAGGAUGCAGUGGGCGGGCUGGGAGCAGCGCUGGAUUUAGGGUGGUGCGGGAAGUUAUCCCACAAUGGGUGAGGAAGUCAAGGGGGCUCCAAACCGAGAAGAUCUAUCAUGGAGAAGAUCCAUUUGGGGGUUCAAAUUUGUGCCAAGCCGAGAGGGUCCAAAAUGGAGAAGUUCCAUAAUUGGGAAGAUCCGUUUUGGGAGGGUGCCAAAUUUUGGCCUUGUACAGGGUGCCAUAUUACAAAAAAUUUACCCAAGUCCACCCCUGGUGGGAGUGUUUUCUUGUUUCGUUUCCAUGCUUUUUAUUAACUCUGUAAUUUAUACAUCGGGGUGGAGGCGCUCAGGCCUGAGGGAGGUUAUAUUCGGCUCUCCAGACCUUUCUGCCUGACCCUCAGAAAUCUCCUCAGGCAGAAGGACCUGGGUUCAAUCUUCAGCAUCUCCAGGUAAGUCUGGGAGAGACCUCCUGGAGAGUCACUGCCACUCAGUGUAGGCCAGGCUUCCUCAACCUCGGCCCUCCAGAUGUUUUGAGACUACAAUUCCCAUCAUCCCUGACCACUGGUCCUGCUAGCUAGGGAUCAUGGGAGUUGUAGGCCAAAAACAUCUGGAGGGCCGAGGCUGAGGAAGCCUGGUGUAGGCAAUACUGAACUUGAUGGACCAAUGGUCUGACUCCAUAUGAGGCAGCUCCCUCUGUUCCAACUGUCUUGCUGACCAUUAUUACUCUUCUCCCACCAAUCCAAGUUUGGAUUGUAACGUCCUUGGGUCUGGGAUCUCUUCCUCCGUCUCUUACACCACACGAACUGUAAUGUCCUUGGGGCAGGGGCUUCCGCUCCCAAAAGUGCCAUGCAUGCUGACGGUUCUACGUACAGCUGUAGCUUGGUUCUCAAACAUAAUCCGUUCCGGAAGUCCAUUCUGUGGGAUGCAAAACUUAUAGCAGUCAAGUACAACAUUCCUACAGUGGACAUGUUAGGAGAUGUUUUGUACCACUCAGGAGAAGACUUCCUAUUUCCUCCUGAGUUGGAACAGACUUCCACUGCAUGUGACUUGAAGAGGGUAUGCUGUGUUGCACUAGCACAUGGCCUCCAUGUUCUGAUCGGUGUGUGCUCUCCAUUUUGUAUGUUGCUGUGUGUUUGGAGAAGUGACAGCUUAGUCGCAGUCACUUGUUGGGACUAACUCCUUUAUGGAAUAGUUCUAGUUGUUACGUAACCUAAGCCUGCCUUCAGGGAUAUGUUUGUGAACCUGAAUGAAUCUGUGAGUAAACUACUUUUAUAUUAACAUUAAUCAGAUUCUUGUGUUUAUUCUUUUUAAGAGGGAUUAGAAGGGAUUUUACCAUGAAGGGAUCUUUAAUAGUAAGACUCAGAUGAGUCAGGAACAAGCUGAUUGCUGCAUAAUUUAAAAAGUGGGAUGUUUGGAACUCUGCUGGAAUACGGAACUUGCUAGCGCAAGUUAGGAAGGAUAUCAUUCAAUAAUAUAUCCUCUCCUGCCUCCCUAAUCAUCCCCACACAUUUGACUUCCGAAAACGUUCAAUAGCCAAGGCCUGGCUUCCGAUUGGUUGUGGGAGCUUCCUGCACUCAGUCGGAAGCCGUGGGAAGCCGUGUAGGAUGUUUGGCUUCCGGAAAACGUUCGCAGACCAGAACACUCAUGUCUGGGUUCGCCGCGUUUGGGAGCCAAAACAUACAAGUCCCAAGGUACUGAAGCACGUGAACGUAAGCUUGGCGUUAACAAGGAUCAGGCAGACUCAGCAAUGGAGAAUAAGAAGGUGAAGUUUAUUGCCAGGCAAUAAGGACCCAGUUUGGAAUCUCUUCCAAAAGGAACUGGGACCCCGAUUGACAGAAAUCCAGAGGUCUUUAUACCUGAGCAGAUCACAGCAAAUCAUAGAUCAUGAGACAACCAUGAGGCAGUCACGAUAUCGCCAGUGAAAAUUAGCCAAUUAGCAAGCUUCUUGCCAUGCUUCCAGCUCCUGGUCAAGCACUGGUCAAGCAUGGAGUUCUAGUUCUGCUUUCCGCUGCUUGCAGUGAUGCUCUGUCUAACCUCUAGUUAUGACAGGACAGGGAGUAUUGGAGAUUUUGCGGUUUAGCUCUUCCUGUUCUGUGGAUUAAUUUAGCCUGUAUCUGAGGGGAUUUUGUACCAGUAUCUCUGAUUCACGUCUUCCCCUUGUCCAGGGUACACGGAUGUUUGUAGGGGAAAGGUCGGCUCCUAAUUUUGCUGUUUCAAGCAGUAUGCAGUUAGCUAAGGCACAACUUCCCUUUGAUUCAAAAUGGAUUAUACAAUACUGUAAGACCUGAUUAUGUGUGAGCAUAUAUGAAUAUAUUGAUUACUGAUAACUGAUUAUAUGAAUUGCAUAAGGGUAGCCCUUCUUCCUUGCCUCAGUACGACUGUAGAUGAUGCCAGCAACAUUGGUGGGGCGAGCUCUGCAUGCGUCUUGGGGGUGGCGGUGGUGAUCGCGCCCUGUUUCUCCCCGCAGCUCUGUCCAAAUUCCACAUGCACCCGGAAUCCAUGGCCGUAGAAGAGGGAGGCGUCGCCCGGUUCCAGUGCUUCAUCCAGGGCGUCCCCGAAGCCACAAUAACCUGGGAGCGCAACCGCACAGCCCUGCUGACGGAUGACUACCGGUGAGCUCUUGAAAGGGCCUGGGGUGCUGGUGGUACGGUUGGAGGGGACUGGUGCGCUUGUGUGUUAUGGAUUUGGUUUGUGGUGAGUGAGUGUAAGGUGAGGGAAGGAAGCGUCCCAGGAAUCAGCAAUAACCAACAAGGCAGGACUUUGGAAGGGAGCAACGUCCCAGCUAAAGAGGACGGGCAACUCAAGUUGAUAGAAUAUGCACAACUUGCAGGUUUAACAUACAGCAUAAGAGAGGAAGAAGAACAUACCGUAUUUUUCCGUGUAUAAGACUAGGUUUUUCUCCUUAAAAAUAAUGUCAAAAAUUAGGGGGUGUCUUAUACACGGAUACAUCUCCCCUCAUUUUCUUAAAUCUGAGUCCCCCAAAAUAGGGGGCAUCUUAUAUAUGGGGGCGUCUUAUAGAUGGAAAAAUACAGUUUAAAGCAGAUUAGAAAACGUUUAUUGAGUACAUGGGAAAUAGCUGUAUACAGCUGAAAACACUGACAGCGUUAAGAUAAAUUCAACAGAGUAAAUAAUUCUUGAUGGGUGUAAGGGUGGAAAAUUGAUUUGAAUGGUUAUAACAAAAUAUGCAGAUGGAUGUAAGAUAUGUAAAAUGGAAAGAGAAGAAGGGAAGUUGUAUAGUUUAAAGUUUGUAAAAUGUUGGUUUGAAAUUGUAAAACAGAAAAUUUAAUGAAAGUGUGUGUAUGUGUGUGUGUGUGUGUGUAUAUAUAUAUAUAUGUGUGUGUGUGUAUAUAUAUAUAUGUAUGUAUAAAACCAAGGCAGGACUUGGGGGCAAAGUCCUGGGCUUCACCUCCUGCCAACCUAGCAGUUUGAGAACAUGUCAAAGUGCAAGUAGAUAAAUAGGUACCACUCUGGCGGGAAGGUAAACGGCGUUUCCGUGCGCUGCUCUGGUUCUCCAGAAGUGGCUUAGUGAUGCUGGCCACAUGACCCGGAAGCUGUACGCCGCCUCCCUCAGCCAAUAAAGCGAGAUGAGCGCCGCAACCCCAGAGUUGGCCACGACUGGACCUAAUGAUCAGGGUCCCUUUACCUUUACCUUUACCUGGGCCUCACUCAGCUGCUGGUCACUUAGCAGAGUUGGUAGAUUUGUCCUGCUUCCCUACUCCCUUCCAUUUUCCCCCUAUCCAUGUUAUCCAUUUCACUGGGCAUCAUAAGCCAUCUCUAAGUCCCAAAGGCUGCAGCCUUCCUUGAAAGGGGAUCCACUCCCCCGCCGGCCCAGGGGAGGCGGGAGACCCACUUCCAACCUCUUCUCUGUUUCAUUCUCUCUCUUCCUAAUUCUGCCAGGUACACGCUGCUCCCCACUGGGAUCCUUCAGAUCACGGGCGUGCGGCGUUCCGACGUGGGCACCUACCGCUGUGUGGCCAGCAACAUCGCCAACACCCGUUACAGCCAGGAAGCCAUGCUGAGCAUUAGUGGUGAGAAUCAGCCGAGGGCCAUCCAGCCCUCUGCAAUACAGGACCCACAGCUGAAUCACAUCUGGGAUGAGGCAGGGAAGCCAGCUGAUUUUCCUUGGGGGGUAUUUGGAAAAUUGGCCGCUGGUCUAGUGAGCUAGAGAGAGGGCGUGGAGUUGGCAAGGUGGGGCAGGGGUUUCUCUGGGGUGCUUUCGAAACCAGAAGUUGUAUCUGACGAAGUUGAGAUUCCGAUAGCUGAGAUUCCUUUGCAUUGCAGGGGGUUGGACUAUAUGACCGUAGGUGUCCCUUUGAACUCUAAGAUUCUAUGAAGUUCUAUAUAGAACUGCUACAUAGAACCCUAUAUCGGGCACGUGUGUUAACUUGGGUGGGCCUACUCUGAGCAGGGCUAAGAAUGGAUACAAAUAACACAGAAAGAUGCCUUGCAUUAGGAAGAACGGCAAAGAAAAAAAUAUAUGUGUCCAUCAGGAGAAACGCACGCUAAAAUACUGAGAAUUUUUUUGUGUGAGGGCUUAGAAAAGAAGUUUGUGAGCUGAUGCGGAAAUGUGGAGAACUGGACUGAACUCUGGGGAAACAAGAAGCCAAAAUGAACAGACAGCAUUAAUUAAAGAAAGGUCCAAGUUGUCAGUCCCUAUGGCUGAAUCAAGGAAAAACGAGGAACCGAGGGAAACCGUAACUGGCAGAUUAGUAAGAGCUGCCUCUUUCAGAGGCUAAGCUCGGAUUGCUUUCUGUGCCUCUGGAAAUGAUGGGCUCAGAAGUUCAGGGGGACGAGGCACCCACCUCAUUUCCCCUCCAUUCUCUCUCACCAGUCUCAGUGGCCAAGCUCUACAAGGAGCCGGUCAUCCUCUCCGGUCCGCAGAACCUGACCAUCACAGUGCACCAGACGGCCAUCUUGGAAUGCAUCGCUACUGGCAACCCUCGGCCGAUCGUGUCUUGGAGUCGCUUGGGUGAGUGGGGAAAUUGAGAGAGAGUAAUCAUAUUUGUGUAACCAGACCUCAUGCCAUUAUGGAGGGAGAGAGAAGCUUUUCUGUGGAGGUCCGUGUUUGCGUGACACUGGCACACUCGCCGUCCCUACAAAUCUUAAUGUCUCGCCUUCUCUCUCUCUCCUCACAGACGGACGUUCCAUCGGCGUUGAAGGGAUCCAGGUCCUGGGAACUGGGAACCUCAUGAUCUCAGACGUGUCCGUGAAGCACGCCGGAGUUUACGUCUGCGCUGCCAACCGGCCUGGCACCAGGGUUCGCCGUACGGCACAGGGCAUCCUCAUGGUUCAAGGUGAGUGUGGGCCUCAGCGGACCAGGGUGGCGGUGUCUGGCUAGAGUACUUGGCCUGCGUUGCAUUCCUUGUCCUUUCUGCCAUCGGUGGGGAGAGUGUCGGGCGGUGUGCGGCGUUCUGCAUGGAGCAGAAAUUAAAGGGAAGCAUGCGAUUCUGAGCAUGUGCAAAGCGUAUGCCCUUUUCUCAGCACACCUAGUUUGUCCAGAACCAGUGCAGUGUACUGAUUAAAGUGCCAGACUAGAACCUAGGUUAAAAUCCCCAUUGGGGAUUAUAGUGGUACCUCAGGUUAAGAACUUAAUUCGUUCUGGAGGUCCAUUCUUAACCUGAAACUGUUCUUAACCUGAGGUACCACUUUAGCUAAUGGGGCCUCACACUGUCGCCACAUGAUUUCUGUUCUCAUCCUGAAGCAAAGUUCUUAACCCGAGGUAAUAUUUAUGGGUUAGCAGAGUCUGUAACCUGAAGCGUCUGUAACCUGAAGCGUAUGUAACCCAAGGUACCACUGUAUUAUUAUUAUUAUUAUUAGUAUUAUUAUUAAAAAACCAGUAACACGCCCACCUCAAAGUGAUGUGGAGAUAUGGAGAUAUUGCAACUGUUUGGGAAAAAAUGAUAAAAUGAGAUAAAGUGAAAUUGGCAGCUUUUUUUAUAUAAAAAAUCCCCAGGUUUCUAGUCCCUAUGGUAGAAUUGAAAGCAUGUGAGUUAUGCCUGGUGGAGGAAUCCAGAAAACCAGCAGACAUCUGAUUAGACACUAAGUGGACUAGAAUGGCUAUGCAGGUUCCAAAUCUUCCUUAUCAUGCUUAUUUUAAUAGCCGACGUAGGUGGGAAACAGAACUUCCAUGUUCAGGUAUAGCCUGCCUCUGAACGCCAGACCCCGGGGAGAGCUGUUACCAUUGUGCUUGUGGACUAUCGGGCUGGACGCUGACGGAAUCAGGAUACUGGGGAUAGCGGGAUUGUUUCGGUUUAACCCCUCAAGGCUCUUCGCCUAUGUGAGCGUCGGGGCAAGAGGUUUCCCCCUCCCCUUGGGAUUUUGCAACAGACAAGCCUUCACCCCCCCCCACAUCCUAACACUGAUUAAUCUUCCCCCCAGUAAUCACCACCAUCAAUGUCAACACAAGCCAUCAAGAGGGGUGAAGCGGUUUCGUUGGAGCCUCAUAAAUGUUUUACUGGGGUUCUGAAUCUGUCGGCCGGUGACCUAACCCGCCACCAUGUUUUUGCCUGUGAAAAAUCCCUGAUUACGCUGGUAAAAACAUCUCUGAGUCCGUAAGGCCUCCUAAGUCCGGCUACAAACCCCGGUGACCUUUGCCUCCCGGACACAAAGUCCUGGACGCCUCACCAUGAACGGCUCUUCUCCUCAAUUUUCUGCUCGACAGAAAUUGCAAUGUCCCCUUGUCUUGGCUCUCUCUCUCUCUUCAAGGUGUUUUGUCCCCGAUAUCAGUUUCAUUUCAGAACAUCUCGCUGCCCCCUCUCCUUGCCUCUCUCCCCCGCCCCGCCGCUUUCUCAUCUCAAGGGUUGAUGAGAGGCAGGAUCGAACCAGCCCCCAGAGCGGCCAUCGAUUCUGGGCCGUGGCUCAGAUAAAGAGAUGUGGGGUCGAUUCCAUGACCCAUGUGCUGAGGACAAAAGGGCCUUGGGGGUGAUUGAUGGGAGCAAAAAAAACCAAAACAGCCACCCCACAACCCUGUCAGGAGAACGGCGUCGGCCAAAUGGACCCCUUGCGGUGGCGGUGAAUUCGGAAUUGCCAGGGCUCUGUUUUCAUACAAAGGUGUGUGUGUGUGUGUGAAGAAAGCAGCGGUCUGUGUUGGGGAGUCAAGGGAUACAGGAACGCCCCUUAAGCCUUCCUCUACCCCCUUCAGCACGUGAGCUGUGGCUGUUCAAGGGUCCGCAGGAGAGGUCAAGGGUGCGAUGAGAAGGUGGGUGAAGAUGGAGUCUCCGAGGUUUGGCCGGCAUGUCUCAGCUGGGAAUGACACACUUGACUUUGCGGGGUGAAAGGGCAGAGGUCAUGACCUCCUCGUCCACACACACACACACUGCUGCCAGAUCCCCUUCGAUUUCUUCUCUCUAGGAUGACACAUGAAUAUGGACUUGGAGGUGAAAAUGGAAAAAUAGGAGGAUCAGUCCAUUGUUAAGAGGCAAAGAGGUGUUUAGCGUGGGGGUCAGCCCCCUAAGCUAUCAGAAGUGUUCAGGUGCAGAAUGGGCUGGCUUAGAGGUCCGCUGCUUAGAUUAAAAAGGGGGUGGAGAGUGUUAGGCUGUUGGGACAGUGGGUCCCUCUCCCAGUGUGGUGCAGUGGUUAGAGUGUCGGAUUAGGACCUGGGCAAGAUCAGGGUUCGAAUCCCCCCCUAUCCCAUGCAGCUGCCCUUGAGCUCUCUGGAGGAAAAGGUGGCAUUAAAACCGAUAUACUGCGGAGAUGAAAGGAACAUUAGGAAGGUGACUUAGAGUAUGUCAGGCUAUUUCUUCACCUCCAGAAUACCACAACACAUAGUCAUUGCUGUUUCCACUUUUUAUAUUGUAAUAAUCAAACUAUUAGCAUGUAACAUCAUUAAUUACCUAAAUUAUAGCAAUAGAAACAGCCAUGGCAAAUGACUAGGUCAACACACACCACAAUCGCCUCAUUACGUAAAUCAUGUUCAGAAUACCACAAAACAUAAUAAUAGUGAUAUGAUAUGUUAUUGCCACCAGGAACUGUGCUUUGCAAUUUUUUGAUAUGACAGUUACAGUUUUAUUGUAUAUAAUGUUAUGUUACUUUACAGCCAGUUAAGUGUGUGUUGUGGUAUUCUGAACAUGAUUUAUGUAAUGAGGUGAUUGUGGGGUUGACCUAUUUAUUCACCUAGGCAAGUAUAGCUUACUCUGGCUGGCAGCAUCCAUCUAGGCGCUCAGGUUAUAAAGGUUCUUCCCCAUUGCCUGCCUGCUUCUAACCACGGAUGCCAGAGAUGGAAUCUUCUGCAUUCAUAGCAGGUGUUCUGUGGCAUUCGGAGCAGAGGAAGCCACUUCGGCCUGAGUCAAGCUCUUGACCCAGCUAGCUUACCAUUGUCCUCACUGACCGGCAGCCCAAGGUUUCAGGGAAGGGACGGCUCUCAAGCCUUCCGGGAGAGGCUGGGGGACUGAACCUUCUGCAGGCAAAGCAGAUUCUCUCCCACCCAGCUGCAACCCUUCCCUUAAAAAGAAUGCAAGGUUCUAGUCCUCAAACUUUUGAACAAAGGCCAGUGGCUCUCCAGGUUUUCAGGUGUGGGACAACUCCUAGCCUUACUUGGAGAACCUGGGACCUUCUGUCUGCAAGGCAGGUGCUGUAUUCCUGAGCGAUGGCUAGGGGGCUAUCCAGAAGGCCCGGGGGGGGGGGUAUCUCUAUGUCCCUUCAGAUUCUUUUAAACUCCCUGCUUCCUGACCUCCUGUUAUCUCCCAGCUCCGCCAAGAGCAAGGGUCCGAGCGAGCAUAUGUUUCAGGGUGGUUGCUGGGCGUGUGAGAGGGUGCGCAGAUUCCUCUGGCGCAUUCUAUGGGGCACAGGGAAAGGGCAGAGUUCGCUCUCUCGCCCCCUUCCAUUGCCAUGCCGGCCCCGUCUGGACGACAAAGCCAUUUUCAAGUGAGGGGCCGUCUCUCCUCUCCUUUGUUUGGGGGGCGAGGCGGGGAGGGGCCCGCUGUGCAUUUCCCAGCCCUUUGGCGAGCUAAUGAGAUGCGGCCCGUCUCGCAAGCUUAAAGCUUCUUUUCUGGAGGGUGUCAGGCCUUUCAAUGUGACAUCUGCCUCCGAGGCCGCUCCCACGCUGCGGCCAGGGGUGGGUGGGGGGAUGUGGAGAGGGGCUCCUCUCGGCUGUGGCGCAGCUGGGGGACCAGGACCGAUCCAUGGGGCUGUGGCGCCCGAGCCCGAUUCCUUCCACAGCCAGCCUGCACUGCAAAGAGGGAUUUAGAUGUCGUUCGAAAAUGGCUCCAAAAAGUCCAGUUCAAAACUUAAAGGAGGCCACAUGCCAUAUCAUAUUGCCUUAAAAUUUGUGGCUUUCCCUCUGAGAAUAUUGGGAACUGGAGUUUGCUACUGAGCUACAAUUCCUAGUGUGGUUUAGCACCCCAGGGAACUCUGGGUAUUGGACGGGAAGAGGGGGGUCUCUUAACAAAACUCAUCACCCUUAGCAAACUGCACUUAAAGCAUCAACAUACACAGAGCCCCCAAGUGUCCCUAUUUUCCAGGGACAUCCCUGAUUUAGAGAAGCCGUCCCAGUUUCUGAUUUGAUCCUGGAAUGUCCUAAAACGAUGGAGGGUAUGGAGUUAUCAGAGCCCUCGAACCAUCUGAAGACAAUCCUGUAUACAGUGUUACCUCGGGUUAAGUACUUACCGUAUUUUUUGCUCUAUAAGACGCACCAGACCACAAGACGCACCUAGUUUUUGGAGGAGGAAAACAAGAAAAGAAAUAUUCUGAAUCUCAGAAGCCAGAACAGCAAGAGGGAUCGCUGCGCAGUGAAAGCAGCAAUCCCUCUUGCUGUUCUGGCUUCUGUUGAUAGCUGUGCAGCCUGCAUUCGCUCCAUAAGAUGCACACACAUUUCCCUUCACUUUUUAGGAGGGAAAAAGUGAGUCUUAUAGAGCAAAAAAUACGGUAAUUCAUUCUGGAGGUCCGUUCUUAAUCUAAAACUGUUCUUAACCUGAGGUACCACUUUAGCUAAUGAGGCUUUCUGCUGCCGCUGCGCCGCCAGCCCACGAUUUCUGUUCUCACGCUGAAGCAAAGUUCUUAACCCGAGGUAUUAUUUCUGGGUUAGCGGAGUCUGUAACCUGAAGCAUCUGUAACCUGAAGCAUCUGUAACCCGAGGUACCACUGUAAAGGUAAAGGAUCCCUGACAGUUAUGUCCAGUCGCGAACGACUCUGGGAUUGCGGUGCUCAUCUCGCUUUACUGGCCGAGGGAGCCGACGUUUGUCCGCAGACAGUUUUUCUGGGUCAUGUGGCCAGCAUGACUAAGCCACUUCUGGCGAAACCAGAGCAGCGUACGGAAACGCCGUUUACCUUCCUGCCGUAGUGGUACCUAUUUAUCUACUUGCACUUUGAUGUGCUGUAUAGGGAAGCUUUAAAAAUGUUUAAUGUUUUAUUAUGUUUUUAUAUGUGUUGGAAGCCACCCAAAGUGGCUGGGACAACCCAGUAAGAUGUGUGGGGUAUAUUGUAAAAUUAUCAUUAUGGAAGGGGACGCCCCUAUUUUCAUCGGAGAAAGGUUGAAGGAUAUGCAUACACCUUCAAGCAGUCUUGGCUUCUCCCAAAGCAUCCUGGGAACAGUAGUUUGUUAAGGGUGCUGAGGAUACCCCUGUUCGCCUCACAGAGCUACAAUUCCUGGAGUGGUCAAAUGGUCAAUCCCUUUUCCAAGGGAAUUCUGGGAAUUGGACCUCUGCGAGUGGGACUUCCUAACUACUCUCAUCAUCCCUAACCAACUACAAUUCCCAGGUUUCUUUGGGGGAAGCCGUGACAGUUUAAAGUGGUAUAUGCUGCCCACAUUAAACGACUGUGUGGAUGAGCCCAGAGAGAGAAAUUGGCUGCUUUCGGAGCAAACGGAAGCAGCAAUUCAGGACGGGGGGGCGGGCGGAGAUGAUUUAGGACGAGUUGCAUUCGCUUAACACAAUGAUUUCUUUUAGUUUCUUAGCGAAGGAGAACCAGGAAAGCAUUUUGGUGGAUCCAGAGAAGGGGGGAGGAGGGUCAGAAACUAAGAACGAUGUGCGAAAUCUAAUAAGUGAGGGGGUUUUAUUUUAUUUUCUGCCCAUUGCAGAGAGCUGUUUUGCUCCUCUGUGUGUGUGUGUGUAAUGCCCUCUUCUUUGAAAACUUUUUUUUUUAAAAAAAACCGUGAACAGUACGAAAUUUCCAGGGCCUCGUCUCUGUGCAAUUUGUGUGCAUUCUGCAUAAUGCAGGAUUUGCAAAGAGAGGGGGAGAGAGAGUUCGUGCGUCUGACAGGGUUGAGUGGAUUUGUAAUUGUGUCUAGCGGUAACUCUGCCCCACCCCACCCCCCACCCCCUGGGGCGGGGGGGGAGGAGGGAGGUGACCCCGGCAACCAGAUCCUGAGGGAGAGAGAGGCUGCAAAAUGGGCAAUGGACAUUAUUUUUGGCACAUCUGAGUCCUCGGAGCCGGAAGAGAAGGGAGCAGGGCAAGGGCAGAUUCGGAAAGGGUCACGAGAAACUGUGGCGUUGGUCCACAGAGCGCCAUGCGGGUGUGGAUGCGCCGAGGGGAGAGACACGGGGUGCGCACACGCAAUUCCAUGCGUGUUUAUGCAUGCACAUGACUCCAACCCCCCCCUUCUAUUUUUUUUGCAUUUAUGCCCCACACAUUUUUCUCUAAGGAGCUCAUGCAAAGCAGAUGUUUGGCUGCUGAGCUGUAGCCCCCUUCAGAAUAGGAGCUUAUACCAAGUCACAACUAGCUCAGGGCCCCACUCUUUUGGGGGCCCCCCAAAAAAAAAUUAAAGGAAAAAACACACCUGGAUGUACAUUUCCAAAAUAUAAGAUAAAAAACAAAUAAAAUAAAACCUACAUACAGCAGCAGUGUUUUGUGUUGUGUAGGCACCCAUGAUGUAAGUCAUGGGUAGGCAAACUAAGGCCCAGGGGCUGGAUCCGGCCCAAUUGCCUUCUGAAUCCGGCCCGCAGAUGGUCCAGGAAUCAGCGUGUUUUUAUAUGAGUAGAAUGUGUUCUUUUAUUUAAAAUGCAUCUCCGGGUUAUUUGGGGGGCAUAGGAAUUUGUUCACCCCCCCAAAAAAAAUAUAGUGCGGCCCCCCACAAGCACUGAGGGACAGUGGACUGGCCCCCUGCUGAAAAAGUUUGCUGACCCCUGAUGUAAGUCAUGGGUCUCGCCUGGUAGCCUGCUCCCUAAAAUAUCACUGGUUUGCUCAUUUUUAUAUAUGGGGUGCCUACAUUCUGCAUGGACUGGUUGCAUGGCAACAUGCGCAAACGGCUUAAGAUACCUAUUAGGUCCAUAAAUUACCAUAUAACAUAUAUUCAGCACAAAAAACAGCGACAAUUUGUUGUUGACGAAGGACAGCUGGACAUAUAAAGGGCCCCAUUACCUUCAGCAGCCGAGGGCCUCAUCAGAAUUAAAUCUUGCCCUGUCUGCAUACCCUUCUGCAUACAAAGCAAAAUCUCUGAGCUUGGGUGCUUCAACCCUGGCCACCCUCUUCUGAACAUUUAUGGGUGGAUAGACAGAUCCAGUAAAUUAGAUAAGGCAGAUCAAGCAGGGCAGAGAGGUCUUGCUGAAGUGUUCAUUUAGUUUAGAGAAGGGUGAUCCUCAUGUUCUUAUGCCCUUAGGCUUGCUUUUUUCAAACCAGCCAUUGCCAGUAAUGUUCACGACCCUAAGAUGUUGGCUUGGUACCAUGACUAAACUUCCCUUCCUCCUCUCCUCUCCCCCUCAGCCCCGCCGGAGUUUGUGCAAUGGCCCCAAUCUGUCUCCAAGCCCCCCGGCAGCAGCGCUAUUUUCACCUGCGUGGCCCAAGGUGUGCCGGAACCCCACCUGAUCUGGCUGAAGAACGGCAAGGUCCUGGCGCCCGGCGAGAACAUCAAGCUGACGCACAACAACAGGUGAGACCGGGAACGUCCUCAGGGAACACACUUAGAAAGGAUUAAGCCAGGGCUGGGCAGUGGUGGCAGCUGGUGCCCUUUGGGGUCUGGUGGGACGGAAGGCAGGGAGCCCAGCAGUAGGGGGCGCCAGAGCCAACCAGAGGAGAGUCAACUAAUUCUAGUUUUAUCCCCAUCCUACUUCCUGCUGAAGGAGCUCUAUGUAGAGAGAGGGAUGUGUGUCUGUGUCUGUGUGUAUUCAGGAAACACAGGAAGAGUGUAACUUUCAAAAGGCUGGAGGGAGAGAGACAGACAGACAGACAGACAGACAGAGAACAUUUCUCAGCCAUUAAGAACUCUUUAUCUCCCUUUUCUCCAUCAGUUUGUUAAACAACGCAGAUGGCAAAUUCCAUCCAAAUAUGAUUUCAUCUGCUGCUGUUUUUGAUUAUAUGAGUUUCUGAUCCACUCCGUGUGUCUUAUCUUGGAAUACUGCCAUGUUGCCUCUGUUGUACAGGCUUCUUUUAAUAUUUUUUCUUUCCGUCUUUCAUCUCCUUACCUUAUACCUGACCAUGCUCUACUUUCCCCCCUGUUGAAUUGUAGGAAUACUUUGUUAGUCAUGUUGUAUACUUAGUAAAACAAUAAAACAUUUUUUUAAAAAUCCUGGAAGCAUAGGACGGUCGCAGCAUGCCAUUAUUAUUAUCAAUUAUCAAUUUUAUCCAUUUCAAUAAUUUUAUAAUCAUUUUAACAUUUUGAAACCUGACUUCCUUCCCCCCUCUUUCUGCGGUUCCUUAAAUUUAUUUUUUUAUAUUUUCUGCAUAUUCCAAAUUACUCAUUUAUUCAUUUGGGGACAUUUACCUCCCUUUUCUCUGUCAGGCUACAAAAACUAAUAAUUCAAAAUUCUGUGCCAUGUUCACAACAGUCAAGGCAGAUGAGUGCCUUAACAGUGGUUAAAGCCUGCACCUGCCGAACCAGGUGUUUUCAAAAUGAAAAUCAGCAGAGUUGUGCCUUUUUCUAAACAAAAGAGAAGACUUUCCACCUCUUCUGCCACAGCACCUUCUGUCUUUGUCUUGCUAAUGCCUCUUUCCCCUCAAAAAAACCUUUCCAUAGCACCUUGAUGAUCCAGCGGAUUACCUCAGCGGACGAAGCCAUCUACCAGUGCAUUGCAGAAAACAGCGCAGGGACCAACCAGGCCAGCGCCCGGCUAGCUGUGGCCCUGUCCAAGGAGCUCCCCAGCUCCCCAGAAGGGGUCCAGGCCACUGCCCUCUCCACCACCUCCAUCCAGGUGUCUUGGCUGGAGCCCCCCAUGGAAGUGACAGAGGCCAUAAUCGGUUACGUGCUGCACAUCCGCAAGGCGGGAGGUGAGUGGUGAGCCUCACCCCAAAUUCCCACCCAAGGUUCACUUUCCAGGCGCAGGUUUGGUGGACUACGUACACCAGGGAUGGUGCCGCAGUAGAUGGUGCCGCAGUAAAAGAUUUCAUUUUCUUACAAAUGCGGAAGGCAUAAACUUGACAUGAGCCAACAGUGUGACGCGGCAGCUUAAAAAGCCAAUGCAAUUCUGGGCCUCAUCAAUAGGAGUAUAGCAUCUAGAUCAAGGGAAGUAAUAGUGCCACUGUAUUCUGCUCUGGUCAGACCUCACCUGGAGUACUGUGUCCAGUUCUGGGCACCACAGUUCAAGAAGGACACUGACAAACUGGAACGUGUCCAGAGGAGGGCAACCAAAAUGGUCAAAGGCCUGGAAACGAUGCCUUAUGAGGAACGGCUAAGGGAGCUGGGCAUGUUUAGCCUGGAGAAGAGGAGGUUAAGGGGUGAUAUGAUAGCCAUGUUCAAAUAUAUAAAAGGAUGUCACAUAGAGGAGGGAGAAAGGUGGUUUUCUGCUGCUCCAGAGAAGCGGACACGGAGCAAUGGAUCCAAACUAGAAGGAAGAAGAUUCCACCUAAACAUUAGGAAGAACUUCCUGACAGUAAGAGCUGUUCGACAGUGGAAUUUGCUGCCAAGGAGUGUGGUGGAGUCUCCUUCUUUGGAGGUCUUUAAGCAGAGGCUUGACAACCAUAUGUCAGGAGUGCUCUGAUGGUGUUUCCUGCUUGGCAGGGGGUUGGACUCGAUGGCCCUUGUGGUCUCUUCCAACUCUAUGAUUCUAUGAUUCUAUGUAACGGUGCCAGAUCAGAGCGGGUGGUUGGGUAGUUAUAGUGUCAGGCGAUCCCACAAGUAAGUUGUGUGAGGGGGGUCUUUGCAGGAAUGCUCCUACGUGAAUAGCCCCAAUGGUUAAGAACGGAACCUCCGUUGUUGGGGACAAACUCUCAGGGAAGGUUGUUGAUGUUGCGCCCCUCCUGUGGGCUUCGUAAAGGCACCUGAUUGGACGCUUUCGGAGAACAGGAUGCUGGGCGAGGUGGGCCUUUGGUCCGAGCCGGGAGGUCCCAUCCUGAUUCCAUCCGAAAAAUUCACCUCUCUUCCUCCUUGCACCUCCUGCAGAGUCCGACAGCCGGGAGCUCCAGGAGGCCGUCAGCAAGACCACCUUCCAGCACGUCUUCACAAACCUGGAGCCCUCGACAACGUACUCUAUCUACCUGAAGGCUUACUCACCCCUGGGCGCCAGCCAGGACUCCCAGCCCAUCCUGGCCACCACUCUGGGCAGCAGUGAGUAGACCCGUUGGAGCAGUCGUCCUCCUCCUCCAUCUCAGUGCCAUUCCUUGCAGAUGAGGAAAACGGGGGCGAGACCAGCAUUUGUUGGCCGUGCCUGUCGUUGGCUCCGGCUGUACCUGCCCUUGGUACCUCCGCUUCCUGCCCCAUCCUUUAAAGCCCUAUACGGCCUAGGACCCUCGUACCUAUGGGACCGCCCUUACGGUCUUCAAACAAAAACAUCUUGGAGGUCCCGGGCCACAGAGAGGUUAAGCUGGCCUCAACCAGAGCCAGGGCUUUUUCGGCUGUGGCCCCGAUCUGGUGGAACGCUCUGUCACAAGAGACUAGGGCCCUGCGGGACUUGACAUCUUUCUGCAGGGCCUGCAAGACAGAGCUGUUCCACCAGGCCUUUGGCCAGGGCACAGCCUGACCCCCUCCUCCUGUCAUCCUCACAGAACUCUAGCCCAAUGGUUGCCAUUAAUCUGAUUUGAACUGAUUUUAUAAAGAAAUGAUUUUAGACUGUUGUAUCAUUUUACUGUUGUUAGCCGCUCUGAGCCCGGUUUUAGCUGGGGAGGGCGGGAUAUAAAUAAAUUUAUCAUUAUUAUUAUUAUUAUCCAUUCUUGGUUUGGCAAAUUCAGAAGUGCAAUCACCUUAUAGCUACACAGAGGUCACGAUUCGGGAUGCAUUGCAAUGAUCAUUGCAAAUCUCUGUGUGUGGCCUUUCAGCUAGAUGCGCUCUUCUCUAUGCAAACAACAUGGUGUGCUCCAGUAUCUUUUUUUUUUUUAGUACGGAUGAUCAUUGAAUUGUAGAGUUGGAAGGGACCCUGAGAAUCAUCUAGUCCAACCCCCUGCAAUGCAGGAAUAUGCGGCAGUCCCAUAAGGCGAUCGAACCUGCAGCCUUGGCAUUAUCAGCACCAUGUUCUAACCCAGGGGUAGUCAACCUUUUUACACCUACCGCCCACUAAUGCAUCUUUCUUGAUGGUAAAAUUUCCUUACUGCCCACCAGUGCUCGGUGGAAGGAGGAUUCAGCUUGUGCUGUCAAACCCCCUACUGCCCACCUAGAGUCCUGAAAUGCCCACUAGUGAGAGGUAGGGACCAGGUUGACAAACCCUGUUGUAACCAACUGAGCUAUCUGGAACGACUCAAUUGGUGUUUCCUUUGACGUUCCAUUGUACGUAACUGAAAUGCACGCCGUUCUCUUGGAACCAAAGCACUUUGUGUCUUUAAUGCUCCUAAACGCUUAGCUUGGGAGCAUACGGGACAACAACUCCUCGCUGUUUCCCCCUCGCACCUUCUCCAGAGUGACCCUAGGAGCCCGUCCUCAGUGGCCAACUCACCUUCCUUCACUGAUUGACUCCAAUUGGCACAAAGGGUCGGGACAUCUUCUCAGUGGCUAAAAUGCUCCCUUUUCAUGCUGAUUGGGCAGAUAUAGGACACCGAAGACAGGGACGAUGUUGCAGAAAUAGUAACAGGUCUUUGACACACACCCACACACACACACACCGCAACCCUGGAUCCCUACUGCACUGGGCACCAGCCACAAAUGGUAAUAGCUGUCAGGGACUGGGCAGAGAAGAAGAGUUUGGAUUUUAUAUCCUGCUUUAUCACUACCCUAAGGCGUCUCAAAGCGGCUAACAUUCUCCUUUCCCUUCCUCCCCCACAACAAACACUCUGUGAGGUGAGUGGGGCUGAGAGACUUCAAAGAAGUGUGACCAGCCGAAGAUCACCCAGCAGCUGCAUGUGGAGGAGCGGGGACGUGAACCCGGUUCACCAGAUUAUGAGUCCACUGCUCUUAACCACUGCACCACACUGGCUCCAGAGGAGGAAUGGCAGAGACCGCCUCCCCAUCCUGACCCUUCCAGGGAAGGGGAAGAGGAAAGACAGUACAUAUUUACAACAGGGGUUUGAGGGAGGUCGCAGCUCAGAGGCAGAUGAGGGGAAAAGCUGGGGAAUCACGAGAGAGCCAGAACAACACAUUGUCGUUAGAAAGCAUCCCAGACCCUCCAUCUCCUAGAACCUGGCGAUCCUUAAAGGUAGGAGAGCAUACAAAUCAGUAUGGCUAACCUGAUUCAAAAACACCCACCCACUCCACUCACACACGAAAACAAAGUUCACCACAGCCAAUCUCAAACAAGCAACCACACCCUAGGCCCACGGUUCUCAACCUGUGGGUCCCCAGAUGUUGUUGGGCUACAACUCCCAUCAUCCCUGACCACUGGUCGUGCUGGCUAGGAAUGAUGGGAGUUGUAGUCCAACAACAUCUGGGGACCUACAGGUUGAGAAACACUGCCCUAGGCCAACCCCAACCUCUCUCACCACCAAAGGAAUGCAAGUGAAUAGCAAACAGAACCUGCACAAGCGACGCUGACACAAAACCCCACACAUACAUUAAGUAAAAUAGAAACAUCGCCACCUGACCCCACCCCUAUCCACCAUGACCCCCUCCACCUCUUCCUCCCUUUUUCUUCCUAAUGCAACCCUACUGUCUCAACAAAUGAAACUGACCUAUAGAAAAUAUAACUUGAAAAAAGAGACAUUGCACAUACUUUUGUAAACCAAGAAAUCCAUAAUAAUAAUGAUAAUGAUAAUAAUAAUAAGUAGGAGAGCAAAGAGCUCAAAAACAGAGGGCACGUAGCGGCACCCGUAGAGGAGGUUAUGAUGAUGACGAAUGACGACGUGGGAGAGACAGGGUGGCGAUUCACUUGGGACAAUGCCAUUAUCCAAGAGGCUGGGUUCCAAAGCCUCUCUCUGUAAAGAUUGAAAUAAAAAAGGACUGUAAGAAACUUUCCCUUGUCUUUAUAAUUCCCGGGCAACCAGCCGGGAGCCGCUGACAGCUUCCUGACAAUAGCAUGGGACUGAGAGAGACCCCCAGGUACGGGAGAUGCUGUGUCCCUGCUUCUCUCCAUCUGGGUGGGAAGGACAGUCACUCACCUUUCCCCCCGUCUACUCAGUCCCCGCAGCACUGGGAUUUUUCACCAAGAUUCUCAACAACAGUGCCGUCUACGUCUUUUGGGAGCUGCCUGCCAAGCCGGGCCGAAUCGAAGGCUUCAAGCUCUACCUCCGAAAGCUGCCCAGCGCCCACUACGAGGGCCCAGAGCUCUUAUCCGGCAUGGCCAACUCUUUCACGUUCAGCAACUUGGGUGAGUCUCCUCCUGGGCCUCCUGCGAGGGGGACUGUAGAUUCAGCUCCCUGGUGUCUCCAGGAUCCAGUGGUUGUGGGAAGACGCACUGCAGAGCUGCUGCCGGUCAGAGUAGACAACGCAGAACUACUGUGUUUUUCGCUGUAUAGGACGCUCUUUUCCCCCUCCAAAAAUUAAGGGGAAAUGUGUGUGCGUCCUGUGGAGCAAAUGCAGGCUCCUUGGCUUCAGCGAUAGCAACACGAAGCCUCCGAAGCGCAGAGGGAGAGCUCACCCCUCGCUCCUUGGCUUUGCAUUGCUUUCGCACUCCGGGGGCUUCAGGCAGCUAUCUGCAAGCCUUCGGAGCACAGCAGGAGUUGCACACCGAUCCCUCUUGCUCUUCAGGCUUCGCUUCGCUGGAGAGGCGCUGCACAGUUUUCCCUCUCUGCGCAGCGCCCUUUCAGUGAAGCGGGAGGAGAAAUGGAAGGGGCUCCGUUUCUCCUGCCACUUCGCUGAAGGGGCGCUGAGCAGAGAGGGGGAGAAUUUUUUUUCUUGUUCUCCCCCUCCUAUGGUCCGGUGCGUCCUAUAGAGCGAAAAAUACGGUAUGUGGACUAAUAGUCUGUUCUGGUCUGAGGCAGAUUCCUUGCCACAUGACGGAGAAAUUGCCCCCUACCCCUCAGCUUCCCCCGCUAGCUAGCCCUCAGAUUCUCCAUCAAUGCUGCCCCCUAGUGUUGGCUUCCGUAAACCUGACCUCCACUCCCCUCGCCUUUCCAAACUCUCUCCCACAGAACCAUCUGCCAUGUACGAGAUCAAACUCCAAGCAUUCAACGGGAAUGGCGAUGGGAACAGCAGUGUGCGGUUUGUCUCCCUCAAGGAGAACUCUGAGAGGCUGGGUAAGGACCAGAAACAAACACACACACACACACACACAUGCUUCUGCGAUGGGGGAUAAAUUCAAUUCUGUUCGCAUUUAAAGGCAAAUGUACCUAAUUUACAUUUACCGAAACGAUUCACAAACUGGAAUGGGGCCAUCCUUCAAAAUUCAUACUUCUCUACAAAAACGCAUAUACUAGUGAAAAUAACAGAAAAAGUGCAUAAGUCCAUAAGGAAAAACUGCUUUGCAAAAAUGUCGAUAAUUAGGCGAAAUUACAAAGGUGUGUCUAUUGGGAGAAAUUCACACUAAAAUGAAUUUUCAUUAAUGAAUUUUCAUGAGGAUUCUUCUAAACACAGACUUAUACACACUAGAGUGGCCAAAAUUGUGGAAACUUUUGGGAUUUCCUAGGUCUGAUGUCUCAUAACAUCAGUCUUUUGUCAGUUUUAAGCAAAUCCGCCCCUUCUGGUUAUUUAGCUGUAACUUUAGGUAGAACAAUUCAAUCCAGUUUAUUGUGUUUUAUCUUCUGCAUUACAUUAUCUUUCUAUCGAUACAUGGUAUUUAUGCUAUUGUUUUAUGGUGUCGUUCUAAAAAAGACUGGUGUUCUGAACCACCAAAACUUAUAAUUGCAACAUUUCCUAAAGGUUUCCACAAUUUUGGCCUCUAGUGUAUAUAUACAUAAACAUACGGAUGUGAUAAAUUCAUGUGAACAGAACUGAAUCUUUGGAAAAACAAGAAAUGAAGAGAAACAGAAACCCUCUUGCCUCUCCAUCUCUGCGACCUCCAUCCCCUAACGACUGUGCUUUGUCCCACAGAUGCCAACUCAGUGUGCCAGUGUGGGCAGGACGGGGAGAGCUCCCUUGCUGGCAUCGUGGUUGGCGUCCACAUUGGCAUGGCGUGCAUUAUAUUCUGUGUCCUCUUCCUUAUGUUCGGCUACCGCAAGAGGUGAGGAUGUAGAGGCUGCUCUGUACGAAUCACUUGGACCUCCCAGCAUCCCCUAAUUUCCCUAGACACCCAAAUAUAGCAGCGGGGUUUUUUUGGGGGGGGGAGGAGGACCUUAUCCACCCAAAGAGCCCCAUUCCCACAUGCACAAUCUUCCAAGGGGUACACCACAGGAAAAGUCCUCAGUGGUGCCAUGUCACCUGCUGAACUUUCGAUCCUAACCCACAGUUGCCCAUGUUUUUUCACCCAGGGCCCUCUGCAAAACUCACAGUACAGUCGUACCUUAGAAGUCGGACGGAAUCCGUUCCGGAAGUCCGUUCGACUUCCAAAACGUUUGGAAACCCAAAUGCGGCUUCUGAUUGGCUGCAGGAAGCUCCUGCAGCCAAUCGGAAGCCUCGUCGGGCAUUCGGGUUCCAAAAUUAGUUCUCAAAUCGGAGCAGUCGCUUCUGGGUUUGCGGCAUUCAAGAGCCAAAACGUUUGAGAACUAAGCUGUUCGAAAACCAAGGUACGACCGCAGUUUCUUCCUAGAGGUACAUCAGUAGAUCUUCCUGAAAUUCCUGCCUCCGCCUCCCUCUAGGCCCUAACUAUAUACAUAAAUAGAUUGUAGCCAUGAUGGCUGGAGUCAGUGUGGUACCAUGAUUAGGGUGUUGGGAUAGGACCUGAGAGCCCAGGGAGCACAAAUCAGCCAUGCAGCUUGCUAGAUGAGCUUAAGCUGGUCCCUGCCUCUCCUCCUAACCAAUUUCAACAAGGUUGUUGUAAGGAUGAAAUGGAGAGGGGGGAGAGAAUCAUGUCCUUGGAGGAAAGACAGGAUAUAAACACAAAAUUAAUAGUUUCCUGAAAUGUUUCUUCCAAGUGUCCCCUCCCAGUCUCCUUAACUAUAACUACCAUGUAUAUGUGACUCAUAUGAUUGCUUCUAAAUUUUGUGACCCUGAUGUUACAUAUGUUUCUUGUAAUUUUUAUUUUUUUUUACUUUAAGAUAUUAUACCAUGAUAUCCUAGUUUAAAAUGUAUUACAGUCAAACCUCGGUUCCUGAACAGCUCCGUUUUGGAAUGUUUCGGCUCCCAAACAACGAAAACCUGAAAGUAAAGAGUUUUCAAACGCUUUUUGGAAGCUGAAUGUCUGACACGGCGUCCGCUGAGUGCAGGAAGCUCUUGCAACCAAUUGGAAGCUGUGCCUCAGUUGUCAAACAUUUCGGAAGCUGAACAGGCUUCUGGAACGGAUUCUUUUUGACAGCCGAGGUUUGACUGUACAGUGGUACCUCUGGUUGAGAACGGGAUCCGUUCCGGAGGCCCGUUCGCAACGUGUAAAGCCCGCAACCUGAAGCGCCGUAACUGUGCAGGUGCACAGCGCAAUUUGGUGCUUGUGCGCAUGCGUGAAGCGCGAUUUAGCACUACUGCGCAUACAUGAGCGGCGAAACCCGGAAGUAACCCUUUCUGGUACUUCCGGGUCGCAACCUGAAAAAACGUAACAUCAAGCAAAUGUAACAUGAGGUAUGACAGUACUAGGGGCUGUUACCCCCUGCUCACGGAUCCUGCAAAAUGCAGUGUGAUGCUUGCAAUAAUAUUAUAUAGAAAGAUUUUAAAAUAAUUAAUUUUAAAAUAAACUGAAAACAAAAUAUCAUCAUCAUCACCACCCUGGGCAGAUUUCCUAUGUACCAUUUCAGAAAUGUUUCAGGAAAGAACCCCUUCUCUCUACGUCUUCCCUCUACAGCCUGUUCUGUAAGAAAGGGACCCAAGAAAGCUGGACCAUCCCACAGGGAACAGAACCGGUGCAGACCACCACACGGGAGCCUCCCCGGAACCAGCGGAAGCUGGAGGGUGGGGCAAAACCCUCAGAGAUGGUGGAACUAGUUACCCAGGUGAGGAUGGAUGUGUGUGUGUGUAUACCUGCUCUUAGCUCAGCAGCCUUCCCAGGCAGAACCAAGGUGCCCCAGGGGGAAGGGCCAUGGCAGCAGCCCUGCUGAUUACAUGGGUGAAGAUGUAAAUCACUGUGAUAUUGCUUCAGUCAAGGUCUCCUCCAGUGAAACCUGGGAGCUGUUAAUGGUGCUGAGAGUUGCUAUUCCUCUCCUGGAACCACAAUUCCCAGAGUGUUUUAGCAAUCGAUCCCUCUUCCCGGGAAACUCUGGGAGCUGAAGGCAGAGGGCCUUCUCAGUAGUGGCGCCUGCCCUGUGGAACGCCCUGCCAUCUGAUGUCAAGGAAAUAAACAACUAUCUGACUUUUAGAAGACAUCUGGAGGCAACCCUGUUUAGGGAAGUUUUUAAUGUUUGAUGUUUUAUCGUGUUUUUAAUAUUCUGUUGGGAGCUGCCCAGAGUGGCUGAGGAAACCCAUCCAGAUGGGCGGGGUAAUAAUAAUAAUAAUAAUAAUAAUUGCUCUGGGAGGGGAAUAGCAGCUGUCAGCACCAUGAACAAACUACAGCUCCCAGGAUUCUUCAGAAUUUCCCUGAAAGUGUUAUCAUAGGUUUUUUAAAUGCAUAGUGUGAAUAAGGCCUCAAUUCCAUCAUAUUUUCUCUCCAGAGCUUAUACUCGGAGGCUCAAACGGGGGCCGGGGAGAUGGCCAGCAGGGUCUGAUAUAUGUGCAGGGCACCCUGGGAGUGAGGAGCAAAGCUUGCGGGCCAAAAGGCGGUGUCCGAAAGGGCAACGCUGUUAACCUGCCUUCCUUUCUCCUCACAGAACCCCCCAUCCUCCGAUGGACUCACCGCCCAUGACACUCCCCACUUUGAAGUGACCGUCGAGCGCUGCCCUCCUUCACAGCCCAGUGGUUAAGCCAAUGCCCGGUGGGAACGGAGUAGGGGAGGCCCCUCGACCGAGCCCGGUGGCAGCUCUGUUGAGGCAGGGCCUUCCCCUGCCCCCAAUUUCCCACCACCCAUCCAGGAUUCCAACCGCAAACCUCCAAAGAAUCUACCUCACCUCCGCUGGACGGCCAGCCCCAUAGCGUCCGGUCCAGCCGCCACCUGAGCCCUACUCCCACCCCAGUUCUCCCGAAUGAUCUAUUUUUGAUACAAAUACCAAAACUACCUCAACCUGCCAGCCACCCUCUGGCUGCUUAAACCUCACCCACCCCUUGCCAAAAGGGAGAAGGGGUAGUGGCAGAGAGGUGGGGCGACAGGGAGCAGCUUUCCACGGCAACCGGAAGGUUCCGGAACUUGAGGCAGCCAUCUUGAGGGAAAACCAGAAAGCGGGGGAAAGAGACAACUUCUCCCUGCUCUCAUUCUUGGCUGCCUCAAGAAUGGAUGUGGAUGCUGAUCUCCCCCUGCCCAAAUUGUGCCGAAGCCAAACCCCCUACGAAUUACCGGGGCUUUGGGGAGGUUGAGGCUCCCAAAUUACUCCCUAAUGAGUCAUGUGGUCCAUUCGGGGUGGGGCGAGGACCGUCCCUUUCUGACACCUCCCACCCACGGUGCCUGGGCGCUCGGCACCAGCAUACCAAAUAUCGCCAAACCAAAAGUGGGAGCAGCAGCAGCGGACCCCCCCUCUCCCAAAUACCCACCUCCGU